CCUGUCCUCAAAACACACAUGUUAUAAUAACAACUGUGAAACUGUCUAAUAUCUGCAAGGAAUGCUCUGUCCUUGAGAAAUAUAAUUAUGAACAAUCAUAAAUUAUCAUCUGAAUCGUUACGAAAAUGAGUGAAAUAAGUGACUGGAAAUGUGAGGCCUCGAACUACAUAACAGAAAUCAGGAGAAUGAUGUACGGCUUUGGUGAUUCGUCAGAGCCGUUGAUAGAAUCAGCCACGAUAAUAAAUGAUGUUGUGCAGAAGCAGAUGAAGAGUAUUGUUUAUGAGGCAUGCAGAGUAGCUGACAGGAGAAAAUCAGAUGUUGUUGAGGAGCAGGACUUUCUAUUUCUUCUUCGACGGGAUAAAGUCAAAUUGCAUCGGGUGUUGAAAUAUCUUCAAUUCAAAUCAGCCGUGAAGAAAGCACUCGACUCCAACCUGUUCUCCUCGCCUAAUGAAGACCGCAAUGAAGUAAAAUUCGAUAAACGUUUCCACCAAUUCUUGAGUAAUAUUGAGAGCCCUAGUAACACCACGACAAUCGACCAUGUGAAAAAAGCACGAGACCUACGCGCUGAAAUGCUGUCACGAAGGCUCGAUGCCGUUCGUUACAUGGAGUACAGCACCGCAAGAUCAGCCUCUUUCGCCAAUAAAUAUAAUCACAAAUUUGGGAGCUGGAUAGCAACAGAGGGAGACCUGAAGAUUUCCAAACAGGCGUAUACAGUGUUGGGAUAUUUUGCUUAUGAGACAGUGGCACAGAUCAUGGAUUUUGCUUUCUUGGUGAGGCAUGACCAAACUAAAAUACAUGGGGAUGCGUUGGAUAGACUGAGACUGGGAUAUUGUAAUCCUGCGACUUAUAAACCUUAUCAGCACGGCAAGGGAGCAUCGAUGAAGCCAGUGACUCCAGCUGAGAUAAACGAGGCCCUAAGACGCUACUGGUCCCCCCAGCUGGACAAAACAGGCCCUUUCAACCGCUGGUCAACGCCCAAAUCACAUCCCAAGUUCCUCGCCAUCUAGACCAGAUCCAGCAAAAUCUCCCACGACACAUCCCUUCCGCCAAUAACUUCCAAGUACUUUCAAUACAAAUUUUUAUUACAUUA